AUGAACGCCUCGGAGCCCGGGGACGCGGCCCCCGGCUCCUGCUGUAACGUGUCGGGCUUGCCCCCGGGUGUGGAGCCGGGGGCCGGGGGCCUCUCGGGAGCGCGGGCGCUGCAGGCUGCGGUGCUGGGAGUGCUUUCCCUGCUUGUGCUGUGCGGGGUUCUCUUCCUGGGGGGGAGCCUGCUCCUCCGGGCCGAGAGCCUGAACCUCGCCCAAGCCACCCCUUCCCCGAGCGCGACUCUGGGGACCCUGGGACACCAGCCUGGGGCUCCAGAGGAGUCUCCUCUCGGCCCUGCCACGGAGCCCGGACUCCUGGCCGUCGGGCACGGGGGGCACUGGACUCUGCUUUGGAGCCAGCUCGAGCUGGAAGAGUCCCCAGCUAGACCCAGGCAUCCUGAACCCUCUCAGCCCGAACGGUCAGAGGCCCACGCCGGGCAGAGGUUUUUAGGCGAUGAAGAGCAAACAAUCGCCCAAGCUCUCAGAAAGCCCUCCUUUGGAAACAGGCCAUGGACUGAAGAGCAAACUCUGAUCUCCCUCUGGAGGCUGGAACCCAUUGGACAUCCCUAUAGCCUCAAUUUACCAAUCUUUAAAAUGGAGCAGUUGGAGCAGAUCUCUAACUUCUGAUUCUGCGAUUAUAAAAAAAUUUGGGGAGGAGCCAAGGGCCCGAAUAAAUGUUGAGAAGCCUCCUCGCUUCUGAGUCCAGAGAAUGGAUGGCCUUAUAGGAGUCAGUCUGAUGCCUUUCCUCCUGAAUAACCAGCUGGGGGUUGGGGAGGAGAAGACGGCUCCCAGGCUUCUGAGAAACUAUCCUAAGGAGCUGGGAGCAGAGAGAUUCCAGCUGUGGUGUCUCCCACCUCAUCUCAGUCUCUUAGGGACUUCUUGAUCUCACAGUGACUGUGUCCAGCUGGAAGGAGAUGUGUGGGGCUGGGGAGCUAAAGAAAGGGUCUGUGGUCUCUAGAAAGGCCCCCAUCCCUCCUCUGAAUCCUUGAUUUCCGCCAAUUUUAGGCCUUAGCCACACAUCACUCUCCCUUCCCCCAGAAGCAUUGUAGUCUCCAAUCAGAAGAGCACUUCUGGGGACUGGAGAAUGGAAGGGAGCAUUUUUAAUUCUGAUGCAACUGAAGACCUGGGAUGAGAUGUAUGGGAGAAGGUCCCGCUCCCUCCCUCCUAUUCUUUGUUCUGUGGAAAAGAUCUCAAAGCCUUAACUUCAGGUUGGCCUUUUCUAGACAAUUGGCUGCCUUGAGUCUUGCCUGCUUCUGGUAAGGGAAUUGAUUCAUGCCCUUAGGAUUUCCAAAGCCUUUCUCCUUUCUUACUGGCAGCAAGGCUGUAACCAAGGCUCCAGGUCCAUGGCCAACCCCAUUCAUUGAGAGAUCCCAGCUCAGAGGCUUAAUUGGGGUCUGUAGUAUAGUUGGGCAAGAGAGGGACACAUAAACACUCCGUCUAAAGUGGGGGAGAUAAGGGAGACUGGAGAGGGAAGUUGAGGUGGGGGACCUGGAGAAUAAGUGAGAAAGGAGAUGAAGACUAAUACUGGAGUGUUGAGGGAGUAUUAGAGGGAGCUGGAGGGAGAUAUAGGGUGGGAUCCUGGAGGGGCUUUGGGAGGAACUAGCUGAGCAGCUGUGGAGUCUGUCUUCCCUGGAAUGAAUGAGACUUAUUUGUGUGUGAUAUUUUCCAGUUAAUCUUUGUUAUGUUAAUUCUACUUCUGAGAUGCUUUCCAUCACCCUAGGGAAGGAGGGAGUCCCUUCCCCCUUUGCUUCCUCAUGCAUUCCAUUCCAUUUAUUAAACAUAUUAAGUACC